UCAGGUGGGCCGAGAUGGGGUGACAGGAACCGUCGGGUCAGUCGUGAUCAGCUGAUCCAUCGACAACAAACAUGGCAGCGGCAGAUGACCGGACCUUCCUCCAAGCCUUUGCGAACUCACUCGGAGCCCCAGAACCUGCAUUACGCCUUCUAAUAUCCAUAUUGAUAGGAUACCCACUCGUGUUAAUACAUCGCUACUCCUUGUACUGUAAAAACCCACUCACCCAACACCUCUACUUCAUAGCGUCUGGCGUCAGCAUCGCGCUCUUCAACUAUGGCCAGAAUGUGGUGCACUCAGCAAUCUGUGUGUUGGUGGCGUGGCUGCUCCUCAUGGUCAUUGGUGGGACGCUUCUCUCUGUUAUUAUUUCAUUCGUCUUUCAAAUGACGUAUCUCCUUGUGGGCUACUACAUGACUGGCACGGACACCUACGACAUCAAGUGGAGUAUGCCCCACUGUGUGCUGACCCUGCGCCUCAUCGCCCUCACCUACGAUGUGUACGAUGGGAGGAAAGACCCUGAAAAGCUGUCCGGCGACCAGCAGAAGACCGCCCUGCCAUUCACGCCAACCCUUAUAGAGAUUGCUGGCCACACCUACUUCCCUGCUUCCUUCAUGGUGGGGCCGCAAUUCUCCAUGCGGCGCUACCUGGACUUUGUCAAGGGUACCUUGGUGGGGUGUGAGCUGCCUCCAUGCCUUGUGCCGGGGCUGCUGCGUGGGAGCCUGGGGUUGUUUUACCUAGGAGUGUACCAAGUGGGCAUCAGCUGGAUACCCGACGCCUUCAUCAACUCAGACGAAUAUUACGACCUGGCACUGUGGAAGAGGCACAUCUACGUGGGACUGUGGGCCAAGAUCACAUUGUAUAAAUAUAUCUCCUGCUGGUUGAUAGCUGAGGGAGUGUGCAUCAUGUCAGGACUAGCUUUCAAUGGCCGGGACUCAGCUGGAGGUAUGCGAUGGGAUGGCUGUAGGAACGUCAAUGUCCUUCUCUUGGAGGGCUCAACACAAUUUGGCCACCUCAUUCAGUCCUUCAACACAAACACCAAUGCCUGGGUAGCGCAAUACGUGUACAAGAGGCUCAAGUUCCUGAAUAACCGCUACGUGUCCCAAGUGUCAGCGCUGGUAUUCCUGGCGGUGUGGCACGGCCUGCACUCGGGCUACUACGCCUGCUUCUUCAUGGAGUUUGCGGUCAUGAACUUUGAGAGAGACCUGUCGAACUAUGUGAAGCAGUACCCGCAGCUGCUCGCCAUUCUAAACGCUGGGCCCCUCAAGUACAUCAAGUUUGUGAUCCUGAAAAUUUACGUCAUUGUCUUCAUGGGCUACUGUCUGGGGCCUUUUGUUCUGCUCAAGCUCCACAGGUGGUGGCAGUUCUACUACUCCCUCUUUUUCUCGGGGCAUGUUGUGUUUGCUGGAUGGCCCCUCUAUGCCCCUGCAGUUAAGGCCUUGAUAAAAGCCAUUGGUGGGCAGAGAAUAAGGUCAGAAAAAGACAAAGACAAGUGAGGAGAGGCAAUAAGGUGUGGAAUUAGAGAAUGUGUGGGACUGUAUCUCUUGCAGUUUCUCUCUGGAUGUGAGAUGAUGAUGAAUGUGUCAAGUUAACCUACCUCUCAGCAGUCCGUCAGCUGCACCAACCUUAUUGACUGUCUAUAAGCACACCUGUAGCCCUUUCAUCUGUUACGAACUUGAUAAUAUCAUCUUAAUAUAAUUCACUUUAUAUGCAUUUAUUCAACUGUUCCAACAUCUUGUGAAUACGUACAUAGCCUUGUGUUUACAGACGACAGUAGUACUAUCCAAGCAAUAGUAUACAACAGCCUGUAGCUUAUAUUUAUAUCAUCAAAGACUAUUCCAGUUGGGGACCCACAUUUGUGUGAAAUAUUUUUGGAAUGGCUUUGAAGUAACAGCUGUUUCUAGUGAAAUUUUACAUCCCAUACACAGAGUAGACAGAUACCUGCAUAAUUGUCUGAUUACCAUGUUGGAGUUUUGUCACUGCCUUAAUUCCUUGCUCUGAACACUCAUUAUACGCAAUGUGAAAUGUAUUUUUGCAUCAUGCCCCUUCCACCUCUCCUUCUCACAUUAGUGGAUCUCAGUGUGCUGGUGAUUGGUUUCCUCUCAUCAAAACUUUUCCUCUGCUCUUCUGAAUUUUUACCCACAUGCUACAAGUACCCACAUAAGAUAAUUGGUGAAUACAUACUGAUUUUUUUAUUUAUUUAUUAUUUAGGUGGUUAAUUAAAACCUUGCAAUGGAUCACUUCUACAGCAGGGAAAUUAUUUAAUUUGACUUUAUCAUGGGGCUGAAUGACUGAACCUUGGUUUUCCUUGUCAAUAUUUAGAGUAGAUAAGUCAUUUUGAGAGUCUUGUCCAGUGUUCAAUUUCUAAAACUGUACUUAAACUUUUACCCUUCUUGAAGGUAGCACAUAGAGAUUACUUAAUCGGUAGAAAAGUGUUCGUUCACAGAGUUGUCAGAUGUUGCAAGUCAGUCUUAUAGCAUUGUAUUGUGAUGUCCUUGGUGAUGAAGGGAUGAAGAACAGUGGAAUAUGUUCUUUAGUGGUGUCACAAGAGAUCUUGAGGCGUUUAGCAACCAGGUGUGUGCGAGCAUAAGGAAACCAUUGAAACAUAGCAAGACGUUUAUACCCUGAAUGACCAGAUUCUUUCUAAGAGAGACCCUUUUGUAAUAGGUACUAUUUUUACUUGUGAACCUCCUAGCUGCAACAGUUAUAGUUGUGCUGCGUGAUAGAAUUGCUUUACCUGUUAUUUUCUUUAGUCUAGUUAUCAUGUUAGUGAAUCUUUACUGUUAUUUAUUUGCAUUUCUGUAGCCAAGCAAGAAUGUAUGUUUUAUGCUGUACAUAUUGUAUGUACUCAUAUGUAUACAUCCAUGAUUGUAAAAUGUAUGAACCUUGAAGGACUUCAUCAUCAAUACAAAUAAACCAUCACUUCCUACAAAAAAACUGUGUACAAUACUACACUGUAUGAUAGUUCACCUCUGUGUCUAGCUCAUAGUCCAGUAGGUAUUGGUCACUAUUGAUCUGCAGUGAGUGAUAAACUAAGACUACUCUACAUUCAUUAUUCUUGUAAUGUUAUGUUUUUGUUGAUGCUUUGAGUGUCGGGGAGCACCGGGCAUGGGCAAGGCGGAGAAGCAAGAAGGACCUCCUGUCCCGAGGGCCUCACAGCCUGGGCCCAGGUUACCACUACAGGGUUUUUAUUAAUAGAUCGUCUUUUUUCACAUUUUUAGUCACUGAUAAGUUUGAGGUGUUUGGCACCUAGUAUUUUGUAAAAUUUCUUCUUUUGAUAAUAGUAAUUUGCAAAUCAUUGCUGCUAUUUGUAUUGUCACCACCAAGUGUCCAUAUAGUGUGUAGAGUUGCACAUGACCUGUACAUUGAAAUCAUUGAAUUAUCUAACUUGGGGAAGGUAAUGAUUGGAACAAUGUUUCUUUUUAUUAACAUCUGAACUGCAAUGAGAAAUGUUCCAAAGUAAUUAUUUGCUUUUAUGCCAAAACUGACCAAUGUAGCAUUGUUUAAGUCUGCAGUGUGUCCAGAUGUGAGAAUUGUUUAAUAGUCAUAAAAAUGUGCACAACAGGUAACAUAUUAUGCCCUUAAUAAUGUUUGUCAUGUGAUUUUAUAUUGUGACACACAAUUUAUCAAAUGAAUUGUCAUUCAGGAACAAAUAUUUCUAAGAAUCUUGAAUAUUUUGACUUUGUUUUCAAUAAACAAACAGAUCCUGAA